UCGGUCCAGGAAGAGCACAGUCAGCAUUGUUUCUGUUGUCAUUCUUUUCUACUAAAUAUACAUUAGUUGUUGGAUCUGUUGUUGUAUCAAGAUGUGGACCACCCUCAUGCCUUUCUUGACCAUCCUGGCAACCUCCGUUGUUGCUGCUGCUGAAGAGGGCACUUGCGAAAAUCCCUCUUCUGCUUCUUCAUCCGCUCUGCUCUAUGUGUCUCUUCUAUUUGCCUUUCCGACCGUCUUUUGGUUGGUGGCCUACUUGAUCCCCCAACUCCACAUGGCAUUUGGAUCGAUUCCCAAUCUCAAGGAAAAGUACAAUGCCGAAUGGGCAUUGGUCACGGGCGGUGGAUCGGGCAUUGGCAAAGCAUUGGCCUUUAAAUUGGCCAGUCAAGGAUUAAAUGUCGUCAUUGUGUCGCUCGAUGACAAAUUCCUCAAAGAAACCAUGGAAGCAUUGAAGGAACACUAUCCCAAACAACAAUUCAGGUCGGUCGGAUGUACAUUCAGUCCGGGAGUCGAUUACAUGAAACAAAUCGAUGAGGCUACCAAAGAUAUCGAUGUGCCCAUUAUUUUCAACAAUGCCGGAUUUAUUGUGACAGGGUUUUUGGAUCAAGCACCCAUUGGAAAACUACUCGCCAAUAUCGAAUGCAAUGCCACGGCGGGAGUCAAUGUGGCACAUUUCUUUGUCAAGAAAUUGGUUUCGUCCAAGAAAAAGGGAUGCAUCGUAUUCACUUCCAGUGUGGCGGGAUUCAUUCCGGCGCCCUUUGCUGCCAUGUACGCCGCCACCAAGGCGUUUGUAUCCCAAUUUGCGGCUUGUUUGCACAUUGAAGUGGCCAGUCUUGGCAUUGAUGUGGUGGCGGUACAUCCAUCCCCGGUGGCAUCCAAUUUCUAUCAGAAUUUAGAUCACAAGGUGGAAAUGAUUGAAGCGGCGGCCAAAUCGGCAGUUCCACCGUCGGAAUUGCCAGAUGAUAUCUUUCGAAGUAUUGGACGGGCUGCAUUGAGGGAUCUAGGAGGACUGGCUUGGUCCAGUCGCAUGGGAACCUUUUGGGUGCCCUACAACUGUUUCACCCGAAUCUUUGCCAUUGCUGCUCCGUUCAUGGAGGAUUGGAAGCAGCACAACAAAAAUCGUUAA